CCCGCCUCCCAGCUUUCGGUUUCGCUUCGCUCGCCGCAGCUUGGGGACCUGAGUGCUGCUCUGGAGCUCGAGCUUGCCGUCUCGGACAGUGGGUCGUGCACUUGGAGGGGCGGAAGGGGGAGCCACCGACCCCUGUGAGAAUUUGAGGAACGAUAUAGAUCCUCUCCCCAAACGUGCCCACUUUUUUCUUUCUUUCUUUCUUUCUUUUUUUUUUUUUUGCAUAAAAUGUCGGGCUCAGGAGCCCCGGGCGCUCAUCGCGGGACUCCAGGGUCUCCUACAAAGCCGGAGCUGUCUCUCGCCAAGAGUGAGUGGCAAAAGAAGUUGACUCCGGAGCAAUUCUAUGUCACGAGAGAAAAAGGCACUGAACCGCCCUUCAGUGGGAUCUACCUGAAUAACGAGGAGUCAGGAAUGUAUCACUGUGUGUGCUGUGACAGCCCACUCUUCAGUUCUGAGAAAAAGUACUCCUCUGGCACUGGCUGGCCUUCGUUUUCAGAGGCUCACGGGACAUCUGGCUCUGAUGAAAGUAAGACUGGGAUCCUGAGACGUGUGGACCACUCGUCAGGAUCCGUUCGCACGGAGGUUGUCUGCAAGCAGUGUGAGGCUCAUCUUGGCCAUGUGUUUCCUGACGGACCUGGGCCUACUGGUCAGAGGUUUUGCAUCAACAGUGUGGCACUGAAGUUCAAACCAAGUUCAAACUGAAGUUCAAACCUGACUGCCUCCAAGAGCCCCCUUCCCUUGCCACUCCCUCAUUUCUACCCUCAAUUUUCAUAAUUCGUGUGAAUGAUUUGUUUUAUUUACUACCAAGCUAGGCUAAGUUGGCUGCUGGCACCAAGCAAGUCACGACUUCUCUCCUUUAUUUACCUGGAAUCAACUCAAUCCUGACUCCACCUUGGACUGUGGAAUGUCACAGAAUGACAGAGGGGCAGCCAUUUCCAUCAAAUUGACUUCUGUCGGCUUUGCCUGGGACCGGAAGGCAUGACUCUCUGGGGACAUUAGGAGGCUGUUGGACUGUAAGCCAGAAAAUUCUUACAAAGCUGCUCUGAACUGUCCAGGGCAGUUAAGUCCUCUGUGGACUAACACAGUGAGGGAUUGAGUGAAAAGAGGAAGAAAAAUGCGGGAUUAGAGUCAUGCACCGUCCAGCACUAGAGGGGCACUAAGGAUAGGAUUGUGGAAGAGCUGUGCUCUGGGAGACACAUAUGGUGAUUGAUGGGAUGCAUGAUCUGUUUUCAAAAUUUUAGAAUGUCUUUAGAAUUUUAGAAUGGAACAUUCUAGUUCCAACCUUUCCACCUGCAAAUGAGUUCCAAUGGGAGUGUGUUGGAUUUCCGUAAUAAUGAAUAAAAGUGGCCUCAAAGUUAAACUUUAAAAUGUUCAAAUAAAAUAUUUUUUUGUUUCAGUAA